AUGAAAGUGAGAUCAAGACUAGAUGAACUUAUUGGUAAAUUAAUUGUUGUAAGUGAUGAAAGUGGUCAAUUGUAUAAACAACUUAAGCAUUUGUUUUUGGAUACAACACAUGCACCUUUACCUUUAAAGAAACCAGAAGCUCCGACUUUCAAAACUCCAUAUGGAAUAACAGUUCACGACAUUUUAAAAGGAAUUGAUAUUGAAAGAGACAGUACUGAAAAGCCAAGUACUUCGGGUGUUGUUACAAAGAAGAUGGAUACAAGUAAAACAGUUCAACAAAAAACACAAAUUACAACACAACAACCACAACAAAUCCCAACGCAAACAAUACCAGAACCCCCUAAAACAACUUCUAGAAAAGGAAAGGAGCCUCUUUCAAAAAGUCGACCUCAUCCUCUUAAAAGAAGAAGAGAAGAAAUUGGGGAAAGUUCUGGAACCACAGACACAAGUAAAUCAAGAAAAAUAGAAAAAGAACAUCCAACCACAUCACCAAAAAGAGAAGAUAAGGAAGAUGAUGAAAGCAAAAAAAUGGAGUGA